ACGGGAGUUCAACGGGCCAGCACCCGACAUGGUCGCGCAGGGUUAGGGUCGGCUGCAGCGAUCCGCUCUGCUUCUUAUCGGCGUGGCGUUCCAGUGAUAGCGAUCGCCUUACGACCCAAGUUCGCAGUGCAGCCGCAUGUGCAUCAGCUUCCGGCAACACAGCAACGGCCCUCUCCAUCCCCAACACUAACUUCGAAUCAUCGCGUCACCGCAUCACCGUGCCACCUCCGCGCCAACGUCCUCCUCUCUGCCACGCCAUUGCGACCGUUCCCAAUUCAACCGUCACAACCAAACUUUCCCCUGGCCGCUCGACUCCGCGUAGCGAGUCGCACCCCCUAUCGCCAAGAUGGGCAAAGCCGAGCCGGGCUCGAUCAAAUACCUCUCCAAAAAGAUGAAGCAGAAGGGCCUCACGCGGCUGCGCUGGUACUGCCAGAUAUGCGAGAAGGCGUGCCGCGACGAGAACGCGUUCAAGAUGCACUGCCAGUCGGAGAGCCACACGCGGCGGGCGCUCGAGGCCGGGCAGAACUUCCGCGCCGUGCAGGACGAGUACAGCCGGCAGUUCCUGCACGACUUUGUGACGCAGCUGCGCACGGCGCACGGCGAGAAGAGCGUGCACGCAAACAAGUUCUACCAGGAGGUCAUCGCGCGCCGCGACCACGUCCACAUGAACGCCACGCGCUGGCACUCGCUGACCGAAUUCGUCAAGUAUCUCUCGCGCGAGGGCAUCGUGCGCGCCGAGGAGAAGGAGGACGGCAUCUUCAUCGCCUGGAUCGACGACUCGCCCGAGGCGAUGAGGCGGCGGGAGGCGGUGCGUCGGAAGGAGAUGCAGGAUAAGGGCGACGAGGAGCGGGAGCAGAUGAUACUGCGGGAGCAGAUCCGGCGGGCGCAGAGGGAUGCGGAGGCCAGGGGGGUUCCGGUAGGGGAUGGGGAGGGGGAGGAAGGGGGCGGAUCAAAGGAGUUGAAGCGGGAGGAAGGCGAGAAGAUCAAGCUGAACUUUGGGGCGGCGAAAUCAGCGGCGAAAAGUGCGACGCCUGAGAGCGCGGCUCCUACACCAGAGGGUGGCGCUGCCGAGGUCGUAGAGGAUACGAGCAAUGGCGAGGCGAAGAAGCAGGAAGAGACGACACCGACAGAAGCGGCGCCUCCGGCGGCGAAACCGGUGUCUCUGAAGGUUGGCGGCAAACCGCAGCCAAAAAAUGUCUUCAAGAACGCCUUUGCUGGUGCCCCGAAGAAGGUCAUGGUUGCUCAGCCAAAGAAGAUGAGCGAGGCCGAGAGGAUCAUGAAGGAAGAGCUGGAGCGAAAGAGGGCACGCGAGGCCGGCGGCGGGCCUCCUCACAAGAAGCCGCGGUUCUAGCUACCAAUCCGACAGGGAGGGGUGGAAAGCGGUGCAAGCAUUUUCUGGCGUUGGGCGUAUCGCAUUCUAGCAUGGGCAUGAUACCAAGGAUUUGGAUGAUGCAUGAUAUGAUGUCGUGUCUUCACUCGUCGGUAGACCGUUUAGAUGG